CAAAACCAGUGGGGUUCCCUCAGAAAAUCAGUCACUAAGAUACCGUUCGUUCACGGCUAACAAGCUCGCAGCUAAUCUUAGAAAUGGAUGAGGACGGACUGCCCAUAGUCGGAUCGGGUGUGGACCUUACAAAGGUUCCGGCUAUCCAGCAGAAAAGAAUUGUUGCGUUCCUUAAUCAAUUUAUAGUGCACACGGUCCGUUUCCUCAACCGGUUUUCCACCGUUUGUGAAGAGAAGUUGGCCAACGUCACUCUUCGGAUUCAGCAAAUUGAAACCACUCUCAGCAUUCUGGAAGCGAAGCUGUCCUCUAUUCCUGGUCUGGAGGAUGUGAGGGUCGAGGGGGCGUGUCAGAGGCAGCCUGCUGCAGACUCCAACGGUCCAGUGCUGAUGUCCAGCCAAUCAGAGCCCCCCACUGCUCCAUCUCCCCCUGAGGAGACUGGGGACCCACAGAGGACAGAUGCAGUCAGAGAGAACGUUAUGACUGUGGCCAAAGACCCGCGUUACGCCCGAUAUCUGAAAAUGGUGCAAGUGGGCGUUCCAGUGAUGGCCAUAAAAAACAAGAUGAUCCAAGAGGGCCUGGAUCCCGGUCUGUUGGACACCCCUGACGCACCUGUGCCAGAUGGUGGGAGCAUCGCAGAGGAGGCGGGUGACGACGGCUCCAGCAGCGAAUCGUCUUUCAGCGACUGACCCCCUCCUCUCUUGAGUGAGUGACGGACAGGAAAGGAAGUUCCACCUCUGGUGGUGGCAUGGAGGUCAGGACUGGGUCAACUUAAAGAACCUCAAAAGCUCAGAGGAUGAGGCGUAUCUCUCAGUGCGAAGAUGUCUAAAUACCUCGAAAGGGCGGACACAUGUACACUUGUGCUUGUGUUUUUGAGACGCGCAGACUGGUCCCGUAUAUUCAUGUCCAACAUUUGUGAAGGGUAAGUGAAUUGCACAGUAUUGAGUUACUGCAUUAGUGGCAGAGUUCCAAACAGCCAAACUGAAUUUGCCACAUGUGUUACCGAAUUUGCCAUGUUUGAGCGAAUAUACCAUGUUAUGCUGAAUUUACUAUGUGUGAGCUGGAUUACCCAUAAGUCUCUGCUCUACACAAAGCAGCAUUCACAGACAUUUCAGCUCCAUCAUUUUUAAGUCUGGCCAAGGCUCUUCAUUUC